GUGCAUGCGAUUUCUACUUAUGUGAAUUCUAUUUUUUUUAUGCAAUAUUUUGGAAUAUUGCACGGUGCGAGACAAAUGAAAAUCUACUAUUGGCGUUGGAGGGUGCUUGUCAUGAACAAGUAAGAAAUCGCUAUAUCAGUAUGAAAGGCUUAGACGUAAAGAUAAGUUUUGCUGCAAACGAAUGAAAAACAAGACAAUAUCUACUUAUAGGUUAGACGUUAGUCGGUAUUUCUCUGUUAUGCUUUUUAUUAAAAAGCGACAAAACAAUUUCCAAUAAUAGAACAAAAGUUACAAGUAAAUAACUUCCCUCCGUUAUAAAAUCCGGUAACUUUAGAUAAUUGCUUAGAUAUAAAAGCUUUUGCAAACAAGGAGAAAUCCAUUCUAAUUUGCCGCGCAUUUUACGAAAGAACUUAGAAAAGAAAAGGCUUCAUGAAGAUGACGACCCUGGAGACGUAUUUUUCCCUGACAUCUUUGCUAUUAUUGUUUGUUUUUGCUGGUAGAGUUCAAUCUGCCGUAUUUGAUGUGAAAAAUUAUGGUGGUAAAGCCGAUGGCAAGUCAGAUAUUAGCAAGGCAUUAUUGGGCGCAUGGAAAGAGGCUUGUUCAGCAAAGGGUUCCAACAUAGUUGUAGUACCCAAAGGAACAUAUUCCAUAGGUUUAACUGACUUAAAUGGUCCAUGCAAGGGAGCCAUGGAGCUUCAAGUCCAAGGAACCUUAUUGGCACCGAUAAACCCUAGCAGUUAUGCCAAGAACAGCUGGAUUACUUUUGCAUACAUUGAUCAAUUCAAAUUAUCCGGUGGUGGAACCUUCGACGGACAAGGGCAAGUGGCUUGGAAGCAAAAUACCUGCGGUCGAAAUCCGAAAUGCAAGAGACUUCCAGUUAGCUUGCGGUUUGACUUCAUCACCAACAGCGUAGUUCAGGACGUAACAUCGCUCGAUAGUAAGAAUUUCCAUGUCAAUCUUCUAGGUGGCAAAAACCUUACUUUCGAUCGCUUCACGAUCACUGCACCAGGAGAUAGCGUCAAUACAGAUGGAAUUCAUAUCGGGCAUUCAAACGGGAUCAACAUUAUUAAUUCAAAUAUUGCCACCGGCGAUGACUGCAUCUCCAUUGGUGGUGCCAGCGAACAAAUAAGGAUCACAAACGUACGAUGUGGACAUGGACAUGGCAUUAGCGUGGGAAGUUUAGGGAAGACCACUGAUGAAUUUGUCUCUGGAAUUUUCGUAAGGAACUGCACCUUCUAUGACACCGACAAUGGAGUGAGAAUUAAGACAUGGCCGGCAUUACAUGGUGGCAUGGCCUCUGAUAUGCAUUUCGAGGAUAUUAUGAUGAAAAAUGUCCGCAACCCUAUCAUUAUAGAUCAAAUGUACUGCCCAUGGAAUCAGUGCAAUCCAAAGCUUCCGUCAAAAGUUAAGAUCUCCAACGUCACCUUCAAGAAUAUUAGGGGCUCUUCAGCGAUCGCAGUAGCUGUUCGACUUAAUUGCAGCAGCAGUUUUCCAUGCCAGAAGGUCGAGCUCGCUGACAUUAACUUGACGUACGGAGGAAAGGAAGGCCCUGUAAAAUCCUUGUGUGCAAAUGUUAAACCCACACUUAAGGGAAAAUUGACUCCAACCAUUUGCUAGUAUUGUCAACGCUCAAACCUCGCAGCUCCUAGCCGCGAUACAUGGAUUAUCGAGGAGAUGAGCAUAUUUCAAGUUGUAAGUUUUACCAAAUA